AUGUCAUGGGGGGUGAAUAGGGGCACUAAACAAAAAGAUGUGAAAGCCUUUUUGAACUCUAACAAGUGCAGCCUGGUUUGCCUUCUUGAAACCAAGGUCAAAGCCAAGAAUUUGGGGGCUUUGUACCUUAAUUUGCUUGCUGGUUGGGCAUUCACUUCCAAUAGCAUGUGUCACCCUGUGGGUAGGAUCAUUCUUUCCUGGAAUCCAUCUGAAUUUCAGGUGAAUCCUUACUUUUGUUCUAGUCAGUUAAUUCACUGUGACAUCAAUACCAAAAAUGGUACUACCUUUGCCUAUUCUUUUAUAUAUGCUCACAACUCUCAGCAUGAGAGAGUUUCUCUAUGGAAAGAUCUUUGUACUCUUGCUGGAAACAUCAAUGGUGCUUGGAUCAUGAUGGGGGACUUUAACUGUGUGCUUAAUACAGAUGAAAGGGUAGGUAGUGCAGUUAGAUUGAAUGAGAUUCAAGAUUUCCAGAAUUGUGUCAACUGUUGUGGAACGGAGGAUGCAAAGUUGAAUGGUAAUUUCUUUACUUGGAACAAUAAACAGCAGGGCAGUAGGAGGGUUUUCUCAAAACUGGAUAGAGUCAUGAUUAAUCAUGACUGGUGCACUCAGUUUCCAAACACUGAGGUAUGUUUUAAAAAUGAGGGUUAUUUUGAUCAUUGUCCUGGCAUCAUUUCUGUGUAUCCUCACCUUGAUGUGGGGAAAAAACCUUUCAAGUUCUUUCCUAUGUGGCAAGCAGCACCACAGUAUAAUGAAAUUAUAAAGCUAGCAUGGAACAAGAAUAUUCUUGGUACCCCUAUGUACCAAGUGGUACAGAAAUUGAAAAAUGUGAAAAUUGCUUUGAAAAAACUGAAUAAGGAGGGGUUUGGAGAUAUUGAAGCUUUGGAGGCUAAAACUGCUCAUGCCUUGCAAUUGCUCCAAGAUGAGUUGCAUCUUAACCCUGCUGAUAAUGUGAUAGCUGACAAAGAAAAACAGGCUCAACAUGAUUAUAUGGUGGCUCAUAAAGCCAUGAUUAGCUUUCUUGCUCACAAAGCUAAAGAUAGGUGGGUUAAAGAAGGGGAUGAGAACACUGCAAUGUUCCACAAAUAA